AUGAAUAUACGUACAAUUCGGUAUGGAACUUUCUGGGAGAAAGACGUUCCAAAUAGUAGUCCAGAAUUUUUUAAAGAAAGCUUUCGGGUUGAUAAGACAACCUUUUUAUUACUGGUCAAUCGGUUGGAGUGUUUAAAAAAAAAGGACACAAACUGUCGGAAAUCUAUUCCAUUAGAAAAACGUGUGGCCAUAGCUCUAUAUACGCUGGGGUCUUCAUCUGAGUAUCUCACUAUAGGGAGACUUUUUGGUGUUUCCACUAGUAGUGUUUGCAUUAUUUUGCAUGAGUUUUGUAGGGCAGUGAUUGAAAAUCUGGCAAAUGAUUUCCUUCCAACAAAUUUUCUAACAGCUGCGAAGGUUGAAGAGUGUGUCCAAGGAUUCGAAGAUUUGGGGUUUCCACAGUGCCUAGGAGCGAUUGAUGGAUGUCAUAUUGAAGUGAAGCCACCAGCUUCAGAAGCUAUAGAUCAUUUUAAUUAUAAGGGCUGGUAUUCUGUGGUACUUUUUGCAUUGGUUGACUAUCGUUAUAGAUUUCUAUACGUAAAUGUCGGUUGCCCAGGACGUUGUAAUGACUCACAAUUUUAUCAACAUUCUCAAUUAAGUAAAAUUAUUGAGUCAUCAAAACUACUAAAAGACAAAUCCAGGCAAAUAUGUAAUACUGAAGUUCCAGUACUUCUUAUUGGAGACUCUGCAUUUAAAUUUUCAAGAACUAUCAUGAAGCCAUAUCCUUUUUCAACUUCCGCCUCUGUAGAACAGCAAACAUUUAAUUACCAUUUGUCCAAAGCAAGGCGCGUAGUUGAGAAUGCGUUUGGUCAUUUAAAGGCUAGAUUCCGACGCAUAGGAAAGGGUUUGGAUAAUCAUUACAAGUUCAACAGCAAAAUUAUUAUGUGUGCUUGUAUUUUACAUAACUUUUUGAAUUCUUAUAAUAGCCAUAUAAAUGAAAAUUGGAAUAUAGAUGUGACCGAAGCCCGCCCUCAACCAGAAGACAGCAACACAUCUGGAGAUUUAUCAGCACCAGCGGAAAAUAUAAGAAAACCCAUUGCAAAAUAUGUUACGGAAAGAUAAUUUUAAUAUGUCAUUAAAUGUUUUCCACUGAAUUUCGUUUAAAAAACAAUAAAAAGUACCAAAAACUUAAACAUUUUUUAUUGAGAUCAUUUAAAAAACAAAAAGUUAAAAAAAAAACAUAAAAUAAAUUAUAUUAUUCACAUAACAUAUUAAACGCAAAAACUUAAAAUUAUUUAAUUCACACAAAGAAUUGAUAAACAAAAACAUAAAUAAAAUGAAAUAUAUUAUUCACAUAAAUAAUAAUAAUAAAGAGCACCUUCUUAAAAUGCGUACCACACAAAAAUCCAAAAACAUUGUAAAAAUCUAUUU